AUGGAAAAUAAAAAUCGAGAAGUGAUUCAAGAACAGUUGCCGAAGAAAGAUGUCUUGUGCGAUGGAGACAAACUGAAAAGGACACGACAAUGGUUCAGCAGCUCCCGUAAUUUUAAUCAUCGGAAUGCAGUCUCCAUAACUUCGUUUGAUCUAAAAAUAAUCUUCCGUUUAAUAAAACUAAACAUUUCUUUCCAGAUAUCUGGAUUUAUAAACGUGUUGGGUUGUAUUGAUGGAUGUUACAUCUAUAUUCGACAACCAGCUAACAAGAUUAGGUCUACAUACGUAAACCGCCAUGAUUUAUUAUCUAUAACGCUUCAAGGCAUUUGCGAUUCAAACAAACGCUUCAUGGAUGUUUGCAUAGGAGCACCAAGCAAAGUUCACGAUGCCAGAAUAUUCUCUAUAUCACCCAUUAGUAAAGAAUUACCAGUACUGUGUGAAGGCAAGUUUCAUCUUCUGGGGGACGCAGCAUACCCUUUACGAGAAUAUCUGCUCACACCCUACAAAGAUUACGGAACCUCGUCUCCAAGGCGUAGGAGAUACAAUAUCAAGCAUAGCCAAGCACGAGUCAAAAUAGAGAAUGCAUUUGGUUUGCUUAAGCAACGAUUUAGACAGCUAGUCAGACUUAACUUUUUUGAUACUGAACGAGCAAGCAAGUUUGUGCUGGCAUGCUGUGUACUGCAUAAUAUAUGCAUCGAUAUGGACGAUUCAUUACCGGAACGGAUAGCCAUAGAUAUGAAUGAGAACCUCCCAGUAGUACGCCAAUACGAUGACGAAAACUCCCAAAGAUCAACUGCGUUGAAGUUGUUGAGAGAGGCGAAGAGAAGCGAAAUUGUGAACAUAAUAACAUGAAUUUAUAUUAAUAAAUCGUCAUUCUAGAGCCUACUCUUUCUGUUUUAUUAAGAUGCAUUGUUUUUUUUAUACUCUAUAUAAUAAUCAUGAUUCGAUUUCGCUUGAUACCAAAAUUUUUUUGAUACCAAACCUAACCCAGUUUUCACCCUAACUGCUGUCAAACCGUUUAUUU